AGGGGAGGGAGCAGAAUGGCAGCCUGGGGGGAGGAAAAAGCAGACGAGGCAGAGGGUGUCAGCUGCUGCAUAUAAUGGCCGGUCCAUCCCUUUUUGACUCAUUUCCUCCUUCUCCCUCUUCUCUUCUGCUUGUGUAGCUCUCCGUGCAAACCUAAAGUCAUCAUGUCUCAAGUGGAGCAGGGCAUGGCAAUGCUCAUCAGUGCCUUUCAUAAAUACUCUGGCAAGGAGGGAGACAAAUGUACUCUUUCCAAGGCAGAGCUAAAAGAUCUGCUAACCAAUGAGCUGAAAGACAUUUUUGGGAAAACCCAAGACAAGGGAGCACUGGACAAGAUUUUUAGGGACCUGGAUGCUAAUGCUGAUGGUGUUGUGGACUUCCAAGAGUAUGUCACCCUGGUGGCCUGCAUUACCAUGCUCUGCAACGAGUUCUUCCAAAAGCAGCGCUAAAUGGGGACUGACCCUUACCAGCCACAGUAGUGCAUAAACACACAUACCAAUUAUCUAUAUAUUUUUUUGUUGUUUGAUACACAGAAAGAAAUGUUUGGCAUCAUACAAUGAUAAAUGAAUGUGACAAAAAAAAUUUGAAAUAAACUAUAUUAAUAAGUUUUAAAUAAAA